AUGGCUGAGACGAAGGACAAAAUCUGCAACUACUUGUUCAGCGUGGCCGAAACAACAGCGCUCAACCUUGCCAAGAACAUUGGGUUUUCGAGGGCCAAGGAUGUUAAUGCCUUUCUUAGCGCUCUGGAAAAGCUGGGAGAUGUCCACAAGCAGAACACAAGCCCCCCACGGUGGUCCCUGACAGACAGGAAACGUGAGCGGAUGCAGAUGAGGCUGAAGGCCAGCGCGGUAAUACAGACAGCGGAUCCCACACCUGAACCAGGUUUUCAACCUUCCUCUGUUCCUCCGUGUCCCCAGGAGACGACUGCAGCUUCACCAGCAGUGACGGCAUCAGAAGAGGAAAGUACAGAAAACGGACAGCAGCCUUUGGGGCAAACUGAUCAGAGCGAUGCCAGUGACACAGAAGCAGCCCCACCUGAGGACCCUAAGCCCGAAUUCUCCAGUUUGAGUAAUUAUGAUAACUCUGAAAAUGGCAAGUGGGCCACAGAUGAUAUCCCAGAUAAUCUGAAUACUAUCAACAAGCAGCCCGAUGAGUCAGAAUCCAUCAUGAAUUCCCAGUCUUCCCCCAGUUACGCUGCCCAGUUUGAAACUGCUUUCCCUUGCACGCCAGUAGAGAAACUGAUGGCUUGUCAGGAGAAGAACCCAGUGAGUGGCCUUACUGAAUAUUCCCAGUACACGUACCAGCACUGUGAGUUCACCAUGCUGGAGCAGAGUGGACCCUCUCACGAGCCACGGUUUAAGUUCCAGGCAGUGAUUAAUGGGCGCCGAUUCCCACCAGCAGAAGCAGGAAGCAAAAAACUCGCUAAACAGGAGGCAGCAGCUAACGCUAUGAAGGUCCUGAUGAGUGAAGCAGAGAAUGGAAGACAUGGUGGAAUUAAAUGUGAAGAGCCAUUUCCCUCCGACAACUCUGAACCGGAACUGGUGAGUCUCGUUUGCUUUACUUGUGAGGCUGAUCAAACACCAGAACCAUCAUCUGCAUCAGCUCAUCUCAGCCUGCUUCCGGGGAAGCACCCUAUCAGCAUAUUAAUGGAGUAUGGACAAAAGUCAGGGAACACAGUUGAAUUCCAGCUGCUCUCUCAGGAAGGCCCACCUCAUGAUCCCAGGUUCAGCUACUGUGUGAAAAUGGGUGACCAAAUUUUCCCUGCUGUGGUAGGAAACAGCAAGAAGGGAGCAAAGCAAAUGGCAGCAGAAGUUGCUGUGAAGAUUCUUUCUGGAGAGUCUGUACCCCAUGUCUUGCCUGAACAGGUACAAAGAGCUUCUUUGUAAGACCCAAAUGAAUCCAAGGUGGCGAAAGCGAAGGGUGUUGGGGAGCUCAUCAAAUACCUUAAUGUCAAUCCUGUCAGUGGCCUGCUGGAAUAUGCCCGCUCCAAUGGGUUUGCUGCAGAGUUCAAACUCAUUGACCAGUCAGGACCUCCCCAUGACCCCAAGUUUGUCUAUCAGGCGAAGGUUGGAGGCCGGUGGUUCCCAGCUGUAACUGCACACAAUAAAAAGCAGGGCAAGCAGGAGGCAGCUGAUGCAGCGCUCAGAGUCCUGAUUGGGGAAACAGAGAAGAUUGAGCGCAUGGAGGGAAUGAACAUCACUGAGCUCCCCGUGAGUGGCAGUACCCUACAUGAUCAGAUGGCUAUGCUGAGUCACCAGCGCUUCAACACCCUCACUGCUCGCAUCCAGCACAGUCUGCUUGGGCGGAAGAUCCUGGCUGCCAUCAUUAUGCGAAAAGGAAAUAAGGGCCUGGGAGUGGUGGUCAGCAUCGGAACGGGUAAUCGUUGCGUGAAAGGAGAAGAGCUGAGCUUGAAGGGGGAGACGGUAAAUGACUGUCAUGCAGAAAUCAUUUCUCGAAGAGGCUUUGUGAGGUUUCUCUAUAGUGAGCUGAUGAAGUACGACCCGUCUGAUCCUGCCUCUGCAGAACAGAGCAUUUUUGAGCCAGCUGGAGGGAAGAGACUCAGAAUAAAGAGCAGCAUUACCUUUCACCUCUACGUCAGCACAGCACCUUGUGGGGACGGGGCGCUCUUUGAUAAAUCCUGCAGCGAUCAGGCGAGCGUGGUGGGACAAGCCCAGCAUCAGCCUCUCUUUGAGAACCCCAAACAAGGCAAGCUGCGGACCAAGGUGGAGAACGGGGAAGGUACCAUUCCUGUGGAGUCGAGUGACAUUGUGCCCACGUGGGAUGGGAUCCAGCACGGGGAGCGGUUACGAACCAUGUCCUGCAGUGACAAAAUCUUACGCUGGAAUGUACUUGGCUUGCAAGGAGCAUUGCUGUCACACUUCAUAGAGCCAGUUUAUCUCAGCUCUGUUACACUUGGUUACUUGUACAGUCAGGGUCAUUUAACACGUGCGAUCUGCUGCCGCGUGGCAAGGGAUGGGAAUGCGCUGCAGGAAAAUCUCCGAGCUCCGUAUCACAUUAACCAUCCUGAGGUUGGGCGAGUCAGCGUAUACGACUCUGCAAGGCAGACGGGCAAGACAAAGGAGUCUUCGGUGAAUUGGUGCCUUGCUGAUGAAAGCGAAGUUGAAGUCUUGGAUGGCACGAAAGGGAAGGUAGAUGGACCAAAGCUGGAGGUGUCUCGUGUGUCCAAGAGGAAAAUGUUCGCCCUAUUCCAGCAGUUGUGUGCCAAGAACAACUGCAAAGAGCUGCAGAACCUCUCGGUGUACUCGGAUGCUAAGGAGGCAGCCACAGCGUACCAGGAAGCCAAGCAAUGCUUCUUCAGCACGCUGGAAGAGAUGGGCUACGGCAGCUGGAUCCGCAAGCCCCAAGAGGGAGAUAAUUUCUCUUAA